AUUUAGUUAAUACAUGGGAUUGUAUGGGGCGGUGCAUGACAGUGAUAGCCAUAAUCGGGUCCUGUCUCCUGUAGCUACGGCUUUGAAUUUUGAUGAAAAGAGGCAGUGGCGAAGAGCCGUAAGCAGUGUUCGAUACAUGUACUUGUGCAUGUCGUAGUCUCACAUUGAAAUCCUGCACCGCGCGUUGCCAACAUUGAGUGUAACAUAAACUGUUGAAAAUAUUUCUUGUAGGGGUUUUCCUGAAGAAAUAUACCACAUAUAUUUGCAAUGGACGUUUGUAAAGAUACACACAAUAACACCAAAAGUGUCAUGUGACGCUAGCCAUUUUACGCAGCAUCGUCAUUUGAAGCGAGUAUCGAUCCUUGACAUAUCAUAAACUGAUUCUUAUCGACACCAUUAAACUAAAUCGGACUCGGAGCACAUGUACACGGCAGUGAGAAUUGCAUAAUGUGAACAGUACGCACGGUAUGAAUUGGUUUCUCCGAACGAUCGAUUCAGCGGAAUACUCAGCCCUUCCUGCAAUUGUCUGUGGAAGUCCAACGUUACGCUUGAAUGCACUCCUUGGAUACUUCAGUCAAUAACCGAGGAUUGUCUGCUAUGUCACAGCAUCAUGUGUAGUGUUAGGUGUGCACAAUACAAUGAUCACUAGUUGACUGUCCGUUGUUACGUCGUUGUAUGUGGUCAUAAGUACGGUAGUGACGGUAUCCUGAUCUGCAGUGUUUUCCGUUCGUAAUCGGAGUCUAUAGUCCACGCCACAAAGUUCAAAAUGCGCGUUGACAGGUGGCAGCCACCACUAUGUAGUUCCUGGUUCACUGAUUCACUCCAGUAAGACUCAUAGCAUGGCUGAUAAGUCCUCGUCGUUCCGACCCUACCCCGCCAGGGCCUACGGGCAGCGAAGACAUUCCGAACGCAAUCGACACGUCUCUGCAUCCAGCACAAAAUUUGUAACCUGCGGUAAUAUAUCUCGGUGGGUUGUGUUGCGGUGCAAACGAACGUUGCUGUACCGGGCCGUUUUUCUUGUCUGUGUUUUACCCAUGAUCGCAAUUAUAGCUGUACUCAGACCUACAGUGUACACUACACAGGUUGAACAGGAGAAAAUUUCAUUCAAUUCGCAAGUGAAGGAAUCAACGAGUAACAGCAGUUCAAGAUCCUUCCAAAGUGGUGCAGAUUUACAUCUUAAUAAGAGCAGUGUGAAUGUAAUACAACAAACAAAAGUUUCUCCAAGCUUUAACAGUGUCUUUUCAAAGAAAUACGCCAUCCACUACCCCGAAAACAACACGGAGUUCUUUAUCUUCUUGCGUAACAUCAUGAAUCGAAGUUGGGAGUACAACCAAAACCACACAGAGGAAUUUAGGAAAGAUCUACAGGCCGCUUUGGGGAACAAGGGCAAGCUGGAUAAGUUCAUUCUGACCAAACAAAACACGAAGGUCGGACAGCGUGUCAGCUUUCUGAGUAAUGGCGGUUCCAUGAAGAUCAGUAAGCCGUUUUGGCAAUCUCUAGCCAGUGACACGUUGUACAGACCAGGGCUAUUCAAAAGGUGUAGUGUAGUUGGUUCCAGUGGUAUUCUUAAUGGUUCUGGAUGCGGAGGCACCAUAGACAAAGGAGACUUUAUUUUCAGAUUCAAUUUAGCUGACGUUCAGAACUACACAGAGGAUGUUGGACGUAAAACAAACUUCACGACUCUUAACCCUUCAUUCAUAUAUGAAAAAUGGAAAUACCGAAUCCUGGUCAAAGCGGCCAAUUUUGCACAGACGUCUAAACACGUACAGCCAAUUUAUGGCCACCCCGAGCACUACAGCACCGUGGCAAGUCUCUGGCAGGAGACGUUGAAUGGAACAUACAGGACAUCUACAGGUCUUCAUGUUAUCUCGUCAAUUAUUGACUUGUGCGACCGGAUUGACAUCUACGGUUUCUGGCCUUUCCCAACUUUUCUUGAUGGCAAUGCUGUGGCCUACCACUACCACAACAAAGUCAAUGGUACUGCGGGUGCCCACAGUUUCGUUAAAGAGUUUAAAGCGCUGGUGCUGUUGCACGAGCGUGGUAUAAUUCGUUUGCACUUAGGUUCCUGUUCACACAAAAAUCCUUCAUGGGAGAAACGUCCAUAGCAAGUGCGAGAAGAUUGCAAUUUUGUUUACAAUGCCGUCGGUCUCAUAACGUGCUCUUGGCCAACCUGCUUAAGAAAAA